CCUCCCCUACCUAACAUUCCACACAUGAGGCGAAGCAACAGCCAGCAACAGCAGCGACACGUCCGUCAGCCACCAGGCGUGCAAAAGUUUACCAACGCCCGAUUCUUCGAUUUGAGCACAACCAAAGACCACAUUUGACAACACCCAAGACUCCUGGAAAACGAAGAAUCCCGGCAUGGCGCUCUUAACCGCUCGUUAUCCGUGUUAUUUUGGAGCUGCAAAUGUGUAAAAAAAAAAAAAAAAAAAAGUGAGUCGUACUCCUCGACGUAGGAACAAGAUGGCAGCAGUAGCGGCAGCACCAUCAACGCAAGGUUCGACGGCGGCGUGUCUCCUCGCUGCUGGCCUUUUCACUAAUGUGCUCCACGGUUCUUACUGAAGGUAUGGCCUCGCAAUUCUUGGUUCAGCCAUCACACCUGCACUCAGCUCAAACAAGUGCCUUUGGAACUCGUAGUAGCAGCAACCGACACCCAGGGGAAGCCCACCUCAUAAAUAACACCAGCGGAGCCUUUCACAUCCAACCUGCACUGAAGACUUAUGUGAUUGGAGUGAACUACGGAAUUGCAUACCCAAACAACGUAAUCCCCUCAACAGUUGAUUUUGAACUUGAACGGCUGCACAGGGCAACAGCAACUGAAGAAAGAGAGAAGAGAGCACUUCCUGUGACGGGAUUGCACACUUUAGAGAGCUGGGAUGGACUAGGAGAAGGACGUGUUAGGUUCAAAGAUAAGCCUUGUUUGUGUAAAAGCAGAGGGCCACAGGAAAGAGGCCAGGACUGUGUGGUAAGAGGUACGCAUUGUGUCAGAUUUGAAGAAGACCAGAGCACAAACAAAACAGAAAGGGGCUAUAACAACCAUGACUCAGGUGAGAAACGGAGAUUCAAACAGAAAAUAGGUCAAGGUAAAGAACUACGGCAAGAUAAGAACUGUAUAGGAACCAUGCAGAUAGUGGAUGAGGAAACUGACAUACCUUCACUGCCUGCUCCUGUGGCAAUGUUUCAAACUAGCACGGAGAAUCAGAACAUUGUUAAAAUAGAAGGCAAGGGGACCCUGCCUUCUAAAGACAACAUUAUUGGCACAGGGAGGAUGGGUGUUGGGAAUGAAUUGAGUGGGACAAAAAUCAGGUCUAACGGCAGCACUGAGGCGGUGGCCGGAGCAACAAUAAACAAAUCAGGAACAGGAGAUGGUGACUAUCAAUUAGUUCACCACGAGGUUCUUUGCUCCAUGAAGAACAGCUAUGAGGUGUUGGAGUUCCUGGGUCGUGGAACCUUUGGUCAGGUAGUGAAGUGCUGGAAGAGGGGAACAAAUGAAGUGGUGGCUGUCAAAAUACUGAAGAACCACCCAUCAUAUGCACGCCAGGGACAAAUUGAGGUGGAGAUCCUUGCCCGGCUGAGCAGUGAGAGUGCAGACGAGCACAAUGUGGUGCGCGCUCUGGAGUGCUUUCAGCAUCGCAGUCACACUUGUUUGGUGUUUGAGAUGCUUGAGCAAAACCUUUACGAUUUCCUCAAGCAGAACAAAUUCAGCCCAUUGCCACUCAAAAUCAUCCGGCCUAUUCUGCUGCAGGUGGCAACAGCGUUAAAGAAACUAAAGUCCUUGGGUUUGAUUCAUGCUGACCUGAAGCCCGAGAACAUCAUGUUGGUAGACCCGUCCAAACAGCCAUACAGGGUCAAGGUUAUUGACUUUGGCUCAGCCAGUCAUGUCUCGAAGGCCGUCUGCUCUACUUACCUGCAGUCCAGAUAUUACAGAGCUCCAGAGAUUAUUUUGGGCUUGCCAUUUUGUGAGGCUAUUGAUAUGUGGUCACUGGGAUGUGUUAUAGCUGAGCUCUUCCUCGGCUGGCCUCUGUAUCCGGGUGCUCUAGAGUAUGACCAGAUCAGAUACAUCUCGCAGACCCAGGGCCUUCCUGCGGAGCAUCUGCUUAACAAGGGCACCAAGACCACUCGUUUUUUCUGCAAAGACUCAGACUCGCCCUAUGCCUCCUGGAGAUUAAAAACAACAGAAGAGCAUGAGAAAGAGACCGGACUUAAAUCCAAAGAAGCCAGGAAAUAUAUCUUCAGCUGUCUGGAUGAGAUUGCACACGUGAACUUAAUGCUGAGUCCUGACAACAGUGACGUGCAAGCUGAUAAAGCAGACAGGAGAGAAUUUGUCUCUCUAUUGAAGACCAUGUUGCUGGUCGAUGCAGAGGACAGAACUGUGCCUUGCAACAUCCUCAGUCACCCUUUCCUCACUAUGACUCAUCUGUUGGAUCACCCCCACAGUACCCAUGUGCAGUCAUCUUUUCGGAUCAUGGACAUGUGUCAAGGCCGUCCCAACAGCACAGUUUUUGAUGCUUUGAACCAGAACACCAUUCCUUUCUCAAGACCCCCUAUAGGCCCGCCAACUGCUUCCUCUGUCCUCCCUCCAGGCUACAACAACAUGCCAGUUCACACACAGUCUGUUACCCAAUCCGCUCCUUCAGUGUUGCAUCCUGGGAUGGCUUUAACAGCGAGAAAUGGACAGUUUGGAUGCAGUGACUCUUUCCCACCUAUUCUUCUCUGCCCUUCCAACAUCCAAGGUAACCUUAACCAAUCAGUCGGGUACUCAGUUCCCCUGCUACCUCAGGCACCUCCAAUACAGCCCCUUCCAGUGAGGCCUAGCAUAAUAACGCAGCCACCCUGGUCUAGCAGGGGUCAGCAGCUCUUAGUCCAAGCUGCCUGGCCACAGAUGACUGCAGUGGGUGUGACUCCUUCUCACCCGGUCCCGCCAGCCCAGUCCAUUACCAAUGACCUCAUAGCCGGCCCUCCAAGGAUCAGCAACUGGGGGAAAGUACGUCCUCACAACAGGCAUUACAGACCAUUGAUUCAGCAGCCUGUCCUGACCAAUCAGAUGCCAGCUGUCUCUGCACAUCAGACACUCAACAUUGGCAUUGCACAUGUUGUGUGGCCCCAGCCAACUAAUAAAAGAAACAGGCAGCAUCACAACAGGAACCUAUCCCACCCAAUUAACAUCCACGCAUCACAGUGUCGAUCUCCCAAAAUGGCCAAUGCUGUCGGUCUGGGAGUGUUAGGAAGUAGUCAACCUCAGAGGGAAGUUCCUCAAGUUGAAACCCAGAAGCAAGAAAAUCCAAACUCAAAUGAGGAGAAGCAUUUUUCUGAAGAGGAUUUGAACUGCCUCAAAGAGGAUGCAUCAAACAAGGACUUAGAGCGAGAUGUAGCACUUCUCAUGGAUGACACAUCAAGUCCGGCACCCAGCAUAAUAAGCAUCCACAGCGAAACAACAGAUGGUGAAGAAGGGGAGGAGGACAAACCACAACUGUGCUGUCUGGGGAAGUGUGGAGAGCAGUGUGUAUGUGAGGUAUGCAGAAACACCAGUGUGACAAUGGAAAGAGUGUGUUCCCUUAGCAGUCCUGACAGCAGCCUCAGCACCAGUUCUUUUGCAUCCAACUCUGUUCACUCCAGCCCGUCGGCCUCACCCUGCAAAACACACAACAGUAUGUCUGAAGAUGAUGGUCAUGAGAGUGGCUGUGAAAUAGUAGAGGGCUCCCCAACGUCCAAUACGUCGGCAUCUCCUCAUGGCAACAGUCCGUGUUUUUUUCUCGACAGUGGCAAUCACAAUAGCCGCCCAACCUUUGCCGCUUUGGUAGCACCAUUACCAUCCUCUGCAGUGCAGAGUAGGAGUCCUCGGGAUGUGAGGACAAUGGUGGUUCCACCAAUGAGAAUGCACAAUAACAACAUACAAGGGACAGGGGAGCAUUUACAGAGAACAGCCUCCGAGUCCUGGUCCCGAUCCAGAGGGCGCUGCACCUUUGCAGGACAACAGAGCACUCCCUCUUCAUUCCCCCUCCUCCAAUCCACACCUCUAUCAUGGCAACAAAAAGUCACUGGGCAGCAGCAGCACCCCCUGGGAUUUGGACAGGUGCAGCCGUACGUUUCAAACCACAACAACAAAGAGUGGAACGGCAACCAUGGGCCGCUGCGUCCGCACGCCUACAUUCCCCCUACUGUCCACACACACAACUUCCCACACCUGCCCCACAGCAGCCCUACAUGCACAAUAGGUGCCCCCCACGCACAUACCCAGGGCCUGCCCCCUCGCACCUUGUUGUCUUACCCACCAGGCGGCCCCCUUACCACGGCCCCGCACCCUUUAUUGACCUCUCAUCCUCCUCUGCUGCAACACAGCUACAACCUCUCCCACGCCCAGGGGGGCACCAUAGUCCACCAGGUGACCAUGGGCAUCAGCAGCUACUCUCAGCAUCCUGGCUACCCUGCUCCGCAUCCACACAGGCUCCUCUCUUCACCAACAGUCCACACACAUCAACCGCCCGGCUAUGCCCACCACCCCCACCAGUUCAAGCCUCCCUUCCCUCUACUUCCACAUCCUCACCCAUAUAUGGCCUCACCAGCCACCUACACAGGCUUCCCUCUGAGUCCUACCAAGCUCAGUCACCACCCUCAGUUCUCUUAUAUUUGAGGAGCAGUGCGGGGCCACAGCAGUCCCCUUGGGUCAGAAAGGCCAUUGGUAAAAAUAGUGGGGCUGCUACAUGGGCAGGUAGAACAUCCAUCAGAGCACAAAAACACUUGUGAUAAUGAAACCAAUAAGAUAAAAGGGUGAAAUACAUUGUCUCUUUUUGUGGAAGACAACUGCUUUCACAGUUUCUAUAAUAUGAAGGUUAAUAGUCAGUGAUUCAGUUUGUCGGAGCUCUGAAAUACUUCCUGUAAAAUCAUGUCUGCUAGUAACUAAGUACUGCAAUCAAAAUGGUGAUGAGAAAAUUUCCUUUGCAUGUUAAUUUCUGUCACGUUAUUUUUUGAGAGACAAAAAUGUGUCAUGUGGCUUCCUUUCCCUUAGUGUGUUGUUGCCCUGUAGCAUGUGCAAACCACUCAGCUCUGUUAAAGCCAUGCAGCUUUUGUGUUAACCAGGAUGGAAGUCUCUUCUCUUUUUGUUGCUGCGGCCAUCAGCCAGUGCCUUAACAACAGAGUCCAAGAUGUCACUUGCAGCACUUAUAAUUCAGACUCUGAAAAUGAUGGUCGUUUUGGAUACAUGAGAGGAUUCUACUUUCAAAUGUUGGAUUAUGGGAAAACUUUAGUUCGCUUGCUAAGUAUGGCUAUAUGUAAGCUACAGGCUGCAUAUUUAGGGCUUUGACUGAAUGCAUUUUUUAUGUAUAUAAAGAGUGAUUUGAUAUUUUGAUAAUCAAUUUGUACUCACUAUAGUACUUAAUUCAUAACAGUAUUGUCACUGUUUACUGUAACUGCAAUACAAUCUAGCCUCUGGGUUGCUGUGUUUUUUUUUUCUUUUUUCAUUUUACUUAGAUUUGCUCUUUUUAAGUUUGGGAGUUGCUUAGACGUAAAAAAAAAAAGUGUAUUUUAUGUUAUUUUAAAAGCUUUGUUGUGUAUUGAAAUAACUUAGAACAGUAACUUUGUUGGGUUUUUAAGGUAAUGGACGUGUCUGUGCUAGACAAACCUUAUCUGUAUUGAAGCCUAUCAGUUUUGUUACAUUCCGUCAGGGUGGAUUUGUGUAGUCUUGCUAUUCUUUUCAUGUUUUUAAUCAUUGUGCUGCGUCUGUACUUGUUCAGCUGGUCUUCUUCGGCAAUCAGCACCAAAGACAUUGUUCAUCAAUCAUUUCUGAGGCAUAUUGAUACUAUUGCAUUCUUUUGCCUCCAGUAAACUGUUGCAGUUAGACAUUGAAAUAUAUUCUCAGAUCUCUAUUUUAGAAAAAGGGGUUGAGGUUUUAUUUUUCUGAGAUAUUUUUAGCAAAUUGUAUAUGGAAUGUUUAGACAUGACGCUGCUAUGUACUGAUAAUCUGCCACUUUGUAGCUGUGAAUUUAGAGGAUUAAUCUCAUGCAAGCCUGCAAUUCUCUUGUAUGUUAUGUAGUUGUGGUGACUAUAGAAAUGGCUUUUAUUUGAUCAUGAAUGGUAUUCUUACAUGCUAGUGCCUCUUUAUACUGGCUACAUUGUUUUAAAGUCGUUUGUAAACUGCUGUAAUGGAAAUUGAGCAUUUUUAUUUGUGUGUGUGUGCGUGCGCGCAUGCCUCUAGCAUCAGUAUUUCACCUUGAAACGUAGGCUGAGCUCACUCUUAGAUUUUGUUAUCAGCGGGGUGUUCACUUAUUUUUGGUAUAAUUUGCAAUGUGACUUGGCUUUUUUCCAUAUCGGGCUGUAUUUGCAACUGUUGUACUGUACAAAACGAGUGCCUUUCUUAUAGCUGGCUGAUGGAGGAUGUCUAUCAUUAUAUAGGAGUGGCAAACGUGUGUAUUAAUCUCUCCUCAGAGGAUCCACCCAUAAUUUUAACAUCACCAACAGAAUGUUUUAAAAACAUAGUUUUUUUUUUUUUUUAGAAGAAACAUAGAAUCGGUCAAAAGUACAAGUCAGGGAAUGUUUAUUGCGCUCACCAAGAACAACAUGCAGUAAUCAAAAACAUGUAGGACCUAAAUUUAGCUCUACCGUCACACUUUGAAUGUAUUUGUGGGGACGGAAUGACGAUGGCUGAGUGUUCUGUCCGUGAUAGUUCUCAAAUGCAGUUUUUACCAUACAUCGUGUUUAAAUCAGGGCUUUCUCCAAAAUGCUUUAGCCGUCAGUUAAAGUUGCCUAAUUCACAUAUAUUUAUUGUAAUGGUUUCGCGAUGUUGCUUAUGUAAUAGAAACAUUUUAUAUAUGUCAAAUUUGCUACCUUGUUAUAACCUUAAAACGAGAGGUUGCACUGUGCAGCCAACAAUUUAGUGUGUGUUUAUUUGUUUGUAUAUUUGUGCCUGUGUCGUGGUCCAGUGAAAAAAUUCCGUUCCUCCAUUGCUGGCUCUUUUAAAAGUAUUUCAGGUCAUGUCCACAUUAACACGGAUAUUUUGUACAAUAUGAAACCAAAACCUAUAAGUCAUCAACUCCUUGUGCAGCCUUAGGAUUGACUGUACACACUCUUAGCAUCCCAAAGGGAAUUGCUCAUAAAAGUGUCAUAAGUAAUGUGUGUCAUACAAUUUUUUUUUUCACUUCCAACUCUUUAAAUGUUUUAACAACUUCAGAUGUAUUUAUUGAUAUAGUUUUAGAUUUUUGGGUUUAUAUGAAUUGUUUUAAUUUCAUUUCAAAGACUUGAAAGACAAUAUAUUUAUGUUUUUGCAAUUGGUAAAAUUGAGCAAGUCCUUCAGUUUUCAUGGAUGGCUGAAGGAUUUCUUAAGAGAAUGUUUGCCUACUUAGUUUUUAUCCUGUUCCAACAACAUUAUGAUAAAAAAACAAUGCAAUUUUAUUUAAAAAAAAUCAGACCUCUAACCUUUAAACUAGGGGUGUCAAACGUAUGACGUACAGGUUUUAUCCAGCCCGCGAGAUGAGUUUGGCAUGUAUAAAAAUGAGCCGCAAUUUUUGAAUGAAAGUAACUGCUGUUCCAAACGUCGCAAUAGAAAUUAUUUGUAUCUUUGUAGAUUAUGCUACAUCUGUUAAAAAAAAACAAAAAAACACACAUGUUAAUGCACCAGUCGAGGAAAAUGGUAAAACUACAUAAAAAAUGUCUUGUAACUUGAUUUUGAUAUUUUUUUAUCUUGAUAAUUUGACAAUUAAAUCAAUGAGUUGACUGAACAAUAUCACAUAAUUUAUUCAGAAAGUAAAAUAACGGCAAAGAUAGAAAACUAUUAACCGCAACAUGAGUGUUUAAAAAAAAAAAAAAACAUUAUUUGUACAUUUUCAGAAUGUGCUUAUUUUAUUUUUAUACAAAGAAAACAAUCUGAAGUUGUCGUUAUUUUUAAGUUAUCGUGCCGUGAUUUUACCAGUGCAGCCCACUUGGGAGUAGACUUCUCUCCAUGUGGCCCCCCAUCUAAAAUGAGUUUGACACCCCUGAACUAAACAAUCAUAUCACAAUUAGGAACACGUGUAAUGUCCGUUUCAGGCACAAGGGUUAAAGAGAAAUCCGUUUUGGUGAGGACAUGGCUUCAGUUGUGUUGGUCAGCUCAACACCUGUGAUGAGAUGCAAAUAGGUUCCAGUUCCAGUGAUGUCCCAUAAUAAUCCUCCACCACUUUGGCUGGAUUACGUAGCCCAGGUAAUCUGUGCAGCCUCGCAUGUAAUGUCGCAUCGCUAAAGUCACAAAAGAGCUCACAUCGUCUCACAGGCACAUGGAGCCUGGCAGCCUUAAAUAACAAAGAUUUGAACACUUCUGUCAAAUUUCGUAUUGUGAUGCUUCGCAACCCCCUGUUGAUUCGCUUGUAGGCACUUGUCUAAAUUCACUUAUCAUAAAUAUAUGUGUGGCCACUUAUUUGGGUACAGACAAAAGGUAAAAAGUCCUCUGACUCAAACUAUUAAUUUGUAUUUUAAUUAUGUGGUUUUUGUGUAGUCAAUUCUGUAGGCACAGUGGGUCAAUUGAAACCAUUGCUGUUCAAAAUAAGUGUACAUUUUGUGUGGUUUUUCGCAUUGAUUUUGUGUGUUUCUGAACGCUACACUAGUUUGACAUGUAGCAAGUGCACUGUGCAAUAUACAACAUAAUGAGGACUGGGAAAAUUAUUGUUGUUUGGCUGUUUUGUGUGUCUCAGCAGUUUGCGACCCCUCUGUGAGUUAGGUAGUGUGACCAGGCCUUACUAUGUACUUUGUCACAAAAAGCGGGUUCCUUCUUGGUGACUUGAUGGUGAAUGUCAAAUUAUGAAUUGAUGGUGUACAAUGUCGAGAUUCACUUUAAAAUAAAAACACCUUUUGCUUCAA